AUGGAAAUCAAACCCCCAGAGAAUGGCCAUGAGCCCAUGGAGGUGAACACAGGGAUGACUGCACCUUCAGAGCAUCGAGGGGCCAUGGAGGAGGAUUCCCUUCAAAACCAGCCCCAGGCAAUGCCGGUGGAUCCAUCCUCCUCGCUCAUAUCUAGCUUCACAGGGCACUACUCCACCCUGGCUCAUGCACCACGGGGCCCAAAGAGCCGGAGGACCGCCGGCGGCUCCCCGAUACCCGCUAAGCCCCUGGCUCUAAACAAGGAGCAGCGGCCCCUCCGACGGCUCCUCCGACGGCUGCUACGCUGGGGCCUGGCCGUGGGGCCAAGGCAGUGCAACGAGCGACGCCGGUGCGGACCUCUGGAGACCGUCGGAGAUGGGCAGAGGCCAUGGAGACCGCCCAACAUCUCUGGAGACCACGGCAGCUUUGGGGACUCCCCUGCAUCACCACCCAGGUUAAUGGGCCGUGGCCACGGGCCGAGCAGGGUGCAUGUCCACAGCGAGCUCUCUGCUUGGCUACCAAAGGCUAUAACCAAUUCGUUCAUCAAGGCCAUGGCUGCUACAAAGCUCUUCGCUUUGCUUCUGCAAGGCUUUAUCCUGUUCUCAGUGAAGGUUCACGAGAAGCUGGAUGAGGCCGCAUGGAAGCGCAUGGAGGAGCGCGAGAAGGAGAUGAACCGGGAGAUGACUCGUCUGAUGGAGGAGAUGGAGAGGAGAAGCCAACCUCAGUGGAGCCUGGUGCCCACGAUCCUGCAGCAGAGGCCUCAGGAGCAGAGCAUCACAACCUGGGGAGCUGUGCUCUUUGCUGCCAUUGCUGGAGUGCUAGUCCUCCUGUUUUGGCUCUGCUGGUGGCUCAGGACAAGGCGCCGUAAGACAGACUCAGUGCGCAGCACGAGUGAGAUCUCAAUCAGCAGCACAGUUGAGGGGGAUGAGAAAGAAACUGAUGCAGAAGACAGAAGUUUUGCCAUCCUUUCAUCCCAUGACAGGCAUCUCCAGUGGCCUGUGCAGAAAAUAAUCUCCAGGAGCGAGGUGGUAAAGGGCCUGGUGGAUGAGCUCCUGCAGGUCUUGCGAAUUCACCUGUCAAGUACUUUUAUGCCAGUGCUGCAGGAGGCCAUUGGUGUGGGCAGCUCGUUUGAAGGAUGGAGUCCCUAUGAGGUUGAUAAAGUUAUGUACCACAUACUUGUGCCCCUGAAGGCCCCCACUGGCCACAAGUUCUGGCUACAGCCACUGUGCGGCAGGUGCCAGAUUCCAGCCAUGGUCUCCCACAUCCAUGUGGAGCUGGAAUGCAGCUGUGGGGGACAGAACAGUCUGUGCUUCCUCCACAGCACUAAGAAGCAGCUGAGGAGGAUAAAGAAGGCACCCAAGGUCCUAGACAUCCUCUGUACCCGCUCAUACCUAGACGCGGCAAAAGUUGCAGAGUGGUUCCAGGAUUUGGUGAAGAAAGCCUGGACGGCAUUGCCUCGGUCACACUACAAGGUGAAUGUGCUGCCCUACAGCCAGACCACCUGCCUGCUGCAGCUGAAAAGUGACUCUGGGAGUAGCCUCAUUGUUGAGAUCUUGUUUGGAGUGCAACAAGGUGACUCAGAUAUCUUCCUCAGCAGUCUUCCUGCAGCGGACAGCCCAAGCACCGUGUGGACAACGAACUACCUUGUGGCAGAGAAGAAGUUCUUCAGCCACAUGGCCAAACAGGUCCCACAAGGCAGCUUCCACUUCAAAUGCCUUCAUCUCUGCACCUCCAUCCUGGAGGGCACGGACAUUUCCCUCUAUAUGCUCAAGACAGUUGUCAUGCACCUCCUCAACACCACACCCGUGUCAGGAUGGUGCAGACAGGACUGCAUCAUACGCCUGGCAGAUAUCAUGAACUACCUGCACCGCUGUCUGGAACAGAAGCAGCUCAACUUCUUCUUCUUUGGCAACGCUGAGAUGCCCAAGGAGAUCAUUUUGCCUCCAGACUUCCAAACGUACAAACCAGCCAACCUCUUGGAGCACCUUGUGCAGGAUCAGGCUGCCCAUACCAAAGCAUUGAGACAGUUUGAGGAGAUUCAGCACAGGCUCAUGGAGAGGCUGUACCAGGGGGUCUCCAAGACCAGACGAGCAUCUAGAGUCAUGCAGAGAGCUGUGCCCCCCACAGGUAUUAAAUGGCUUCCUCCAGUGGGGCCUUCAAGGAUCACUACCAGUGGGGCCUUCUACCCCCUGAGCCACAGGAAUUUCUACUGCUGUGCACCCAUACUCUUGACACCAAACAUGCUUGGGAGAGGAGGAUCUGGCAAAGCCAAGUGA